AUGGUGCUACGUAAACUCUUUCCGAGCAUGUAUAUGGAGCCGGAUAGUGCUCCGGCCAAGUCUCGGAAUGCAACUCUUUACCUGCUGCGCUGCGUCUUCUUUAUGGGCAUACGAUGGCCACCCAAGAACUUUUUCCUGCUCUACUGUUUGUGGUCGUUUGCUCUCAAUCUAAGCUCAACUUUCUAUCAGCCCAUUGGCUUUAUGACGGGCUACAUCAGUCACCUGUCCGAGUAUUCACCGGGUGACUUUCUCACGUCGUUGCAGGUGUCGCUCAAUGCCUGGUCCUGUUCCAUCAAAGUCAUAAUUGUGUGGUUGCUGGUCAAGCGCUUGGAUAAGGCCAACCUGACACUGGAUGAGAUGGACAAGCGGCUCUUAAAACCCAACGAAAUUCGCAGGUCGCAUCGUGCUGUCUACCUGAGCAAUCGCAUCUUCUUCACCUACAUGACCAUCUACAUGGUGUAUGCAACGAGCACUUUCCUGGGCGCCGUUUCAUCCGGCAGACCGCCGUACCAGAAUUAUUAUCCGCUGUUGGAUUGGCGAGCCAGUAAAUGGCAUUUUUGGCUACAGGCUGGCCUGGAAUAUUUCGCCAUGUUGGGCGCUUGCUAUCAGGAUGUCUGUGUUGACUGCUAUCCCAUUAACUUUGUGCUGCCAUUGCGUGCUCAUCUCUCCAACUUUGCGGAUCGUCUGCGUCAGCUGGGCAGCGAUCCCGACGAGACUCCAGAGCAGAGUUACAACAAGCUCAUUGAGUGCAUACAGGAUCACAAAGUCAUACUACGUUACUGUGAUUAUUUGCGCCCCGUUAUCUCGGGCACUAUCUUUGUGCAGUUAUUGGUAGUUGGUCUGGUUCUAGGAUUUACCAUCAUCAACAUUGUGCUGUUUGCCAACUUUGCCUCUCGCAUUGCGACCUUCACAUUUAUGGUAGCUGUUCUACUGGAGACAACGCCCUUUUGUAUACUCUGUAACUAUCUGACGGAUGACUGUUUCGAUCUGGCGGAUGCCCUUUUCGAGUCCAACUGGAUCAACAAAGAGCAACGUUACAAGAAAACCGUUCUUCAGUUUCUACAGAAUCUGCAGAAGCCAAUUGUUUUUAUGGCAGGAAAUGUAUUCACCAUUUCCGUAGCCACCAACAUCAAUGCCACCAAAUUUUCAUUUUCUGUGUUUACACUGGUAAAACAAAUGAACAUAGCCGAAAAAUUAUCCAAAAAUUAA